UAGCAAUCUCAAUCUGAAUGGUAAACUCAAUUUUUAACAAAAUUUUGAAAAAUGUAAGAAACAGCCAUAUCAGAUAUUUAAGGUUACCAAAAUGUUUGUCAAGAGAUCAAAAGAGAUCAAGAAAACAUUGCCAUAAAUCUUCCAUAGAUUUCUGUUGCAGCAUGUUCACUGUAUAUACAUGUUUUUUUUUCUUAGCAAAACUUUUUUUAAUUUGUUGAUCAAAUGUAAUGGAAACAGAAGAUAUAUUCAAAAAUGCAUCUAAUCAUGCAAGGACUUUAAAAAAUGUAUCUGAGGAUGACAUGUUGCUACUGUAUGGUUUAUAUAAACAAGCCAAUGAAGGUGUUUGCAAUAUUGACAAACCAUAUUUUUGGGACUUUACUGCUGCAGCAAAAUGGAAAAGCUGGAAAUCAUUUUCCAACCUUUCAAGAGAGGAAGCACAAAGGCAGUAUAUAUGUUUAGUGAAAAACUUUGACCCAGAAUGGGAUGAAACCACAGUGACAGAGACACAAAAUGAUAAACCUAGUGGCAUGGGUGUUAGUGUUAGCACAAUGGCUUAUGAAGAUGAGAAAGAAAUACCAGACAAAGAUAAAACUGUAUUUGAUUGGUGCAAAUUUGGUGACUUAGAUCAAAUAUCGCUUUUAAUAAAAAACAACAAAAAAUUAAUUCAUGCUAGAGGCGAUAAUUAUUUAUCACCGUUGCAUUGGGCUGUUGAUCGAGGUCAUAUUAACAUAGUCCAGUACUUGAUAGAUGUUGGGUGUGAUGUAAACCUGCAAGACGAAGAUGGAAAGACACCGUUACACUAUGCAGCUACUUGUGAGCAUGAAGAUAUUGUUAAAUUGUUAUUGAAAUCAGGGGCUGAUCAAAUGAUUAAAGAUACAGAUGGGAAUCUUCCAUUUGGUUCAGUAAUAGGAUCGUAGAGUGGUGCUAAGAGAAGAAAUUCUAAGUUGUUUUCUGUUUGUACAAAAAUCAAAUAGAAUUAUGUAUAUUUUUUGUCAGAAAGUUUUGCCUUCAAAAAAAUUCUUUCAACUUUAUCAAUUAUAAAUUAACAUUAAUGUGAGAAAAACUUUCUUUACAAUUUGCGACAUUAAUGUAUAUAGUUGAUAAUAUAAUAUUACUAAUUUUCUUGUUUAUCAUGAAUUCAUUGAAGAAAGUAAAAUGCUUGAAGACUUGAAAAUUUUUGAUGUUAGUAUUUACACUUAAUAAGAAUAAGACUGGCAGGUUCAUACAAGCUUGUAAAUAUUUGCUUUUGGUAUUACAUAUACACCAAAGUAUCUAAAGUUUUUUUGAAUACUGGAUACCAGAGAGAAAAUGCAGUAAUGUAAAGGCUAUUUGAGCCUUUCACAGUAUGGCAAAAAUCUCUACUUAGUAUAAUAUAUUUACCUGAGUAAAUUUGUAAUAAAAUGCUGCUGCAAAGCUUUGUAUCUAAUCCUUUUACCUUUUACCAUUUUUAUUACCAUAGACAUCAUAAUAAAGAAAUAUUUUCUGGGUUAAACUAUUUUUGAGUGCCAGUAUUUGUGUCUAAAUCCUUGUGGUACGUCACUGAUAAAGAAUAUUAUGAU